GUAUAUUUAAAGAAACACUCACUUUGUUCUCAUUCCCAACCCUCUCUUUGUUGAACCCAAACAAACCAAAAAAAAAACCAAUCUUUUAUUUUCUUUUUGAUUAGAAAGACAAAGAGAAGAAUAAUAUGGAAGCAUCAAAGUCUAGGUUUCAAAGGAUUUGUGUGUUUUGUGGUAGCAGUACUGGCAAAAAACCUAGUUAUCAAGAAGCUGCUGUUCAGUUAGGCAAAGAAUUGGUGGAGAGAAGGAUUGAUUUGGUGUAUGGAGGUGGGAGCGUGGGAUUGAUGGGUCUUGUUUCUCAGGCAGUUCAUGAUGGUGGGCGCCAUGUUCUAGGGGUAAUCCCAAGAACACUUAUGCCUAGAGAGAUAAUUGGUCAAACUGUUGGGGAAGUUAGAGCUGUCUCUGAUAUGCAUCAAAGAAAAGCUGAGAUGGCACGUCAAGCCGAUGCCUUCAUUGCCCUUCCUGGAGGCUAUGGUACACUCGAAGAAUUACUAGAAGUCAUUACAUGGGCUCAGCUUGGAAUCCAUCGGAAACCUGUGGGACUGUUGAAUGUGGAUGGCUUCUAUAAUUCAUUGUUGUCUUUCAUUGAUAAGGCCGUUGAUGAAGGCUUUAUAUCUCCUAUUGCACGUCGCAUUAUCAUUUCUGCACCAACUGCUGAACAACUAGUCAGACAACUUGAGGAAUACGUACCGGAAUACGACGAAAUAACGUCGAAGCUGGUAUGGGAAGAAGUUGGUAGACUAAAUUAUGUGGCCGGACCAGGAGUUGCUACAUUGUAGAAUGCGGAGGUAAUCCAAUAUAUAAAUAUAAUGAAGAACAAUGAUCCUAUUUUGAACCUCUUUUUGGCCGUCCCAGUAUAUAGAAAAUGUUAACAUCUGGAGCAGAAGAAGUUUUUGUUUGGGGUUGGGAUUUUGUUUUGGUUCAAUGCUCUAAAUUAAGCACAAUUGUCCCAGUUUAUGUUUUCAGAUGUAUAGAUAUUGUGGAGAACAGAAAAAUGUGUCAUUUCUCCAUUUUUUGUCUGAACUGGGAAGGAAAAGGAAAUCUAAUCAAGCUUUUAUUAUUAUAUUUUUA